AUGUCUGGAACAGGGCCAAGAGAGAAUAUAUUCCCAACGCGUCAAGCACUAACUAACACGAAGCUGCGCUUGAAGAGUGCACAGAAUGGGCAUUCUCUGUUGGCCAAAAAACGCGAUGCACUCAUGAUUCGGUUCCGGGCAAUCCUGCGGAAAGUGGACGAGGCCAAACGCAAGAUGGGUAGAGUCAUGCAGCUAGCCUCUUUCUCACUUGCGGAAGUGACCUACGCGACGGGGGCGAACAGCAUUUCGUAUCUAGUGCAGGAACAGGCAAAGAGUGCAUCUUUCCGUGUCAAGUCUCGCAGUGACAACGUUUCUGGUGUCAUACUCCCCGCUUUUGAAAGUGAUCGCUCGACGGGAUCAGACUUCAAUUUGACUGGACUUGGACGUGGUGGACAGCAAAUUCUCAAGGCUCGCGAGGUUUACGCCAAAGCUUUAGAAACGCUGGUAGAGAUCGCAUCAUUGCAGACGGCCUUCAUGAUAUUGGACGAUGUCAUACGUAUCACCAAUCGACGCGUGAAUGCUAUUGAACAUGUCGUAAUCCCUCGAUUGGAUAACACAAUCAAGUAUAUCAUCAGUGAACUGGACGAAGCUGAUCGCGAGGAAUUUUUCAGGCUGAAGAAGGUGCAGGGAAAGAAAAAGAGGGAUGCAGAAGCUGCCGAAGCCGCACUAAAAGCUGCCAAGGAGGAUAGCAUACAACUUCAUAGUGCUAUAGUGGAUAACUUCGACAACACCACGGAAAAUUUGCUGGCUACGAAAGAUGCCGAUGUCAUUUUUUAG